AAAUAUAAUCGCGAUCCCCAACGCUAACCGCUACACUGUCGCGGUCCGAUCGCAACAGAACGGACGAACACAAGGGUACUGUGUUGCUGGUACUUUACGCAGUGCAGUGCUGUGCGAUUUUUCCUCUAUUCCAUCAUGUCGUGUUCAGUUUUAUUGGAAAUGACUUCUAAUUUCUUUCAGGAACACAUAUUGUUAUAACGGUGGUGGGUGUUGUGUAGUUCUUUUUUAGUUUAUUUUUGGAUGCGAAUCUUUUAUCUAGGUACAAAACCUCCUCAAGAAAAGUUCCUUUACCAAAGUGCUGUGAUAAUCAACCAGAACGAAUUCAUCUGUGAUCAAAUAACUUAUUAUUAAUUAUCUACUAGCAUUAAAUUGAUAAAAGAAUGACAAACAAUAAUCAAGCGAUUCUGGAAGAUGUGUACGUAGAUGGCAACGGCAGAAACUCGGACCAAUUCGAGAAACUUCUUGGACAUAGCCAAACUGCUCCGACGUUACCAGCUUUGCUACCAGCUGCGCAAAUUGGCAAGAAGUUAGAGUCAAGAAGGAAAUCGGAUAAUAGCCUUUUGGGUUCUUUGAACAAGUUGAGGUACUCGAUUGGAUCGAAAGAUGGGCCGAUUCAACUUAACAACAGGCUUGGUAGAUUCCGUCAGUCUCGUUUCAACGCCAGAAGGAUCAGGAAGAGAGUGGUCUUCAAGCAUGGAGAUUGUAACGUUGUCCAAGGUAACGUUGCGAAGCGGCGUAGAAAAUACCUCCAGGAUAUCUUCACAACGUUGGUGGACGCACAGUGGCGCUGGACGCUGUUGGUGUUCGCGAUGAACUUCUUUUUAUCUUGGUUGUUGUUCGCUUUAGUGUGGUGGCUUAUAGUAUUUACUCACGGGGAUCUCAGUGAGGAGCAUUUAAGUGGUAAUGACACAACGUAUAUUCCCUGUGUAACAAAUAUCCGCGGCUUCACGUCGUGUUUCCUAUUCAGUAUUGAAACUCAACAUACCAUUGGGUACGGUGGUAGAACGCCAACGGAAGAAUGUCCGGAAGCCAUCUUUGUCAUGUGCAUACAGAGUAUCACUGGCGUCAUGAUUCAGGCAUUUAUGGUUGGUGUUGUCUUCGCAAAACUUUCCAGGCCAAAGAAACGAACACAAACGUUGAUGUUCUCCAGGAAUGCAGUUAUCAAUCAUCGGGACGGAGUCCCCUGUCUCAUGUUUAGGGUAGGAGAUAUGAGAAAGAGUCAUAUCAUAGAGGCUCACGUGAGAGCCCAGCUUAUUAAACAUAAGGUUACUAAAGAGGGAGAAAAUUUACCGUUCUUCCAAACAGAACUGAAGGUAAGCAGCAAAGUUGGUGGUGAUGGCGAAGAAGAUAAAAUUUUCUUUAUCUGGCCAACGACGAUUGUUCACAAGAUCGAUUGUCAUUCGCCUCUAUACAAUAUGUCAGCCAAUAAUCUCCUUAGAGAGCGAUUUGAGAUAGUAGUUAUACUUGAGGGAGUUAUUGAAUCUACUGGUAUGACCACCCAAGCAAGAUCUAGCUACUUGCCAUCGGAAAUAUUAUGGGGACAUCGGUUCCAGUCCCUCAUAACCUUCAAGAAAGAUUCCGGGGAGUAUGAAGUCGACUAUGCAUUGUUCAAUAAUACUGUGGAAGUGGAUACUCCUCUCUGCAGUGCCAAAGAGCUGGAUGAAAGGAGGGCAAUGUACAAUCACGAUGGAUUAGAAGUAAAUUCGAAAUAUCUAACAACUGGUCAAUGCCGUAUGACUGGUCUCUUCCCCACAGCUCGUUCCCAAUCGAGCGACACCCUCUCCAGCAUGGACUCGUUGUCGAUAGAUGACGGUCACAUUGAGAUUAAAAUACCGGUGAGUCCCAUAGGAGUCACAGUUACAGCCCCCGAGGAAGCGGAAGAAAAAACGCCGCUCACGAACGGAUCUGUGCCUAAUGGAACUUUGAAAAACAAGUCUAAUAUUUUACCUGUAUAACGUAUGUGGAAAUUAGGUUAAAUAAUUUAUCGAAUUGUAAGGGAUUGAAUGUACUGGAUAGAUGAGGGACAUGUAUUAUUUGUAUUUUGUAAAUUGAUGUACCAAAGAGGUACAUAAUGUAAACUAUACAUAAAUUACAUAAUCAAACAUAACCUAAAAGUUAGGUAAUGUUAUCCAAAUAUUACAUCAAUAUAAUAUAUCAACAUAAUCUAAAUAUUGCGCGAUUGUAAUGAAAUAUCCACAGACAUAAUAAAACCAUGACUGCGCGCUACACUCUAAAACCGACCCCUUAGUGCGACAGAAAUAAGGUGCGAACAUAGAUAAAUAGAUUGAUUCAAAGAGACUUUUUGGCCUAUUCCACUGCGACCUUUUCAGAUCUAUUUUGAUCCUCUAGUUCUAGAUUACAUUCUCUAGCCCGACCCUUUUUAAAAGGUCUAAUAGCUUCAAAACUGAACGUUCCAUGCAGCUCUUUUCCGGUGGAGUUUAUUCUUAAUGCAAAGAACCGCACAUUUUCCAGACUAUCACACUGGUAUAGGAUGUGUGAUCUCCAGUUUCUUCUUCCAGGUGGCAGAUGGCACAGGUCGUCGUUGGACAAUCCCAUCAAUUUUAAGUGCCUAUCAGCUUACAGUGCUCUAUUAGCAGACCCACUAUGGCUUUGACUGUUUUCCUGUAUUUGCUUAUUAGGUCUGCCGUCAAUUUUGGCAAAUUAUUCUGUAAUGAACUGUUUCGGCUGUCUUUGUCCUGGUGAAUUCUUCCACCAUUUCAGAGAUUUGUGAGCUACCCACUUUCUUGUAGCCGUCCUUGUUACUGACUUUGCAACUCCUCAGAAAGUUUCCGGCCCAGCAAAUGGCACUGAUGACUUUGUUUGGCCCUUUCGUCUGUUUUUCAUUGCCCUUAUGAACUCCUGCCCUGGCAUCCAGGCUACUGUAACCUUUCUACGACCUCCUAGUUUAUUUAGGGCAUCAACACAACACCGUACUAGCUUAAAAUUGACCUCUACACAAUUGAGUGUCUUAAGCGCUGCCUGGCUAUCUGUGAAGAUGGUAAUGGAAUGAACCGUUCUUUCCUGCCUUUGUAUUUCUUCCACACAAUGAUGAAUUGCCGUUAUUUCCUCCUGGAAAACUAUGACAUUCUUAUAUAUCUCUCUCUUGUCGUUUCCCCAUUACUGAGGAUCGUGAUUUCUUCCAAUAUUCCUAACGAUAUUUCUUUAUUAUUGGUCUCUAUCUUCAGCUGCUCUAAGAGCUUCGCAGAAUGAGUUUCCAGCUGAAUUCUUUAUUUGGUCGGACCAUCUAGUUGGUGAUCGUCCUCUUGAUCUUCUCCCCGGAACGUUUCCAGAAACAAUUAAUCUCUCCAAACUAUCAUCACCUCUGCGAACCACGUGACCAAAGAAUUGCAGUAUUCGUUGCAGACAUAUUGUGGGCUACCUUCUUCAUUCUUUCAUUCUUAUAUAUACUUACCGAGAAAUUUAUCCCUUGAUUUGUCCCUACGAUGCCGGCUCCCACACCUUCCGAUGUUUUUGAGCGAUCAGUGUACCAGGUAGCAGCAGAUUGUAUGAGUACACCUUUCUUCAAUUCGUCCCUACCUUGUAUAUUAAUUUUGAACUCAUUGUCAAAGCUACAUCUCGUAGCUCUUGUAUUGAUAGGUUGUCCAAUCAUAAUAUCUGUUUGUAGCUCCUAGAUUAGCUAUUUAUUGUCAGCACCAUGAACAUGGCUUAUAUGUCGCUGACAAUGCAUCAAUCUGUAAAUAACUGCUCUGGCUUCGCCCUGUAUAAAGGUAUGAAGUGGUGGUAGAUUUAGAAGGACUUCCAAUGCUUCUGAAGGAGUUGUUUUUAUGGCAUACAGACCAUUCUAACCUUUGUGUAUUACCUAGCAGUCUUAAUGCACCCACUUACUGCGUUUUUGUUCACCACAUCACCGACCCAUAGAUUAUCAUUGGUCUAAAAAUUCUUUUAUAUAACCAUAGAGUCAUUUUGUUGUCAAGGACAUAGUAGCUUUCUGUGUGGUUUUCAGGAUGUGAGCACUACGUGUAAGCCUAUGAUCAAAAUAGACUCCGAGGUUUUUUGUUUCUUUGGCAAAUUAAAUCUCUGUUCCUUCCAGCACCCGUGUGUUUUGGUCUUGUAGUGUUGUCUUUUUGGUGAACCUACGAUUUCUUUUUUCUGAGUAUUGACCAUCGGUCGCUCUUGUUUACACCAGUCGUCAACUAUAUUUAGGGUUGCUUGCAUUCUCCCAGAGACCACCUGAGCCCACCUGCCCCUGACGACAAUUAUUGCAAUAUCGUCAGCGUAUGCUUGCGAGUUACGAGCAUUCCUUGCAUGACUAUGCAAGCGCAGUUUAUCGAUCACGUGGCCUUCCUACUUGGAAUUUGUUGGUGGUUAUAAAGAGAUGUAAGGACUGCUCGUAAUUUGUUUUCUCUGUCGCACUGGGGGAACGGGUUAAGAUUGCAGGGUGAGGUCUAGGUAUUAUAUGUCUAUGGAAAUAUCCUAUACUAUAAAAUUACAUAUGGCCAAUCAAAUUACACUUGUAAUUUGACCAGUUAUCCACCACUUUAUGAGUUUUGGCUUUUUAAUGAGUUAUCAUUACAUUUCAGUCCAAUAUUGAGGCUUAAUUAAGCGUUUAAUAGAAAGGUUCAAAAUACAAAUGCGUGAUACCUAUCUAUCUCAAAUAAAAGGUACAUUUUAUCUGUACUUUUAGUAUAGAUAUUUUAAAAUAUUUUCAAAUUUUAUAUACGCUUAACUCUUGUAAAUAUGUUUUUUAUAUCGCAGGCCGAUAUAACCCACUUUAUUUGUUAGAUAUACACAAUGGGUCUAAACCAGAGGAAAUGAACUGCAACAGAACAAAAGUAUUUGAAAGUUCACGGCAUUCUUUUCUUCUAUUUGAAUAUUACGAAAUGUACUUACAUAGCUUACAUUUUUAACUUUUGCUUCUGAGUACUUUAGUUUCUGAGCCCAGUAUUGGCCUGUGUCCAAUGAUAGUUGGUCCAUAAGUCAUCGACAGUGCAUCUUCAGCAGUCCUCAAUUAAUAAGGUUUAACUUGUGCUACGUCGACCAGUCGCUUGAAAUCCCGUUUUGUGGAGUUUCUCUUAGUGGAUAAUAGGGUGGUGGUUAGCCUAUCUGCGCACUAAGGAAACGCUUUCUUGAUUUCGGUCUGCCAGGAUAAGGUUCGUGGCCAAAAAAGGGUGAUGGUUCUCGAAGGUUUGUUUGGAUUUUUCGGUGAAUUCGUGGGCCGUUCUACAGGAGUCAGCAUCCGAGAGGCUUGAAGCUUUAUACAGAUUAUCCAAAUGGGUUGGUCUCAUACAGACAAAAAUAAGUCACCAAGUUACUUUCAGACUGACAUUUCAUUUCUUGGCCUGCGCAGAUCUCGUUCAUACCGAGUAGGCGUAGUCUGCUGUUAAGAAACAUAAUAUAGCCUGCGCUGUUGAUCUUAGUACUGUGGGUUUGGCGCUACUUUGGAAGCGUAACUAUAAGCCAUUAGGUUCGUAUUUAGACAAUCGCAAAAAUAUUAAUACGUAUACAAUACUGGACAUGAGACUCUACAACAUUUACCAGAUGUUUCAUAUUCUACAAGGGCUUUCUGUUUCAAAAUUUCAUCGCAUAGUUUCCCCAAAAGUACGAGUAUGUACAUAGUCUCCGGCUCUGAAGUCUUCAUAUAUUUCUUCGGGAUAUAAUAUGAUUUAUAAUGUUGGUACCUAAUCCCUAUUACCAGUUUAUGUUUAUUAUAUUACUUAUCUUAAAUUUCCUUGAAACGUAGCAAUCACUCUUCUUUCAGUUAUUAUUACUUGUUUCGGUACUUCUUUUAUUCAUUAUCUUCUCUUCGUCAACCAUUUUUCAUCCACUCCUGAACAUAUAUCUCUUCCAAUUGCUUUCAUAUUUCUCUGUCUUCCUCCAAUCUAAUCCAUUGCUGCCAUUGCACUUAUGUCAUCCAUCCAUAUCUUUUGAGGUCUUCCCAUGUUUCUUGUCCUCCUCCUUAAUCUCUAAUUGAGGAUGGAGACCAUAGAGACGUUUGUUUUUAGAUUUUUAAAUUUACUUUAAAAAAUGUUUAAAAAAAACUGUGACAUAAGAGAAUCAUCAUCCUCUUCUCAGGAUAGUCCUUCGAACAUAUUUUUCCUGCCAAAGCAAUGAUUUUAGUAGUAGAAAAACUUUAUCAAUUGAAAAUUUGUCUUCAAAUUAUAUACACCGUACCACUUACCAUGAAUUCUGGUGUACCUAUAGUACAUAAGGUUGAAUGGCAAAGAUAUACCAUGAACUAUCACAUAUUUUUGGUUCUCUGUAGUGGAAACCUAAAUGGUUGUAAAUAUUGAACAAAAAAUAAAUUGUGUUAGUGUUACUAGAUACACUUUAAAUUGUAGUGAAACUACUGCUACCCAUUACCAAGUGACCUUAUAUUACCUAUGUGAAUUAAUAAGGCUUAUGCAGAGUUGGGAAGGUAAUUUAUUAUCUCGAUAGUUAUAUAGUUAUAAAAUAACCUUUUCUACCAGAACCAAUAGCAGAAUUUUAAAAAAUAAGUGUUUAUUCAUAGAUAGUUGAUAUUUUCUAUUGAAGCACAAAUAAACAGCUGUAAUUUAAUUUUUUUAGUUUGGUCUCAUUACAGAAAAAUAACGAAAAAAAACAUUUUUGUAUGUACCAAAAUGCUGUAUUAUCUUUUUUAUUAUGAUUUUUAUGGUGUUUAAGUCACUUAAGACCGUGAACACUGAGAUAACCUUUUUAGGUUGAAGUUGAAACUAAAGAUCAUACUAAAAAUCUUUACGGCAUCGAUAUGCUGGUCAGCAUAUUACACAUUUGGGACAUGUUGUAUAUUAAUGCACCCUAAAUAUUUAUGUGCGUAUUUUGGCAUUGGAUCCGAGCUUGACAUUUAACACCGUUGCCUUAUCCUCUAUUUUUUCAUACUAUCACAUUACAUAAAGUUGCAUUUCAAAAAUAGUUUUGAAACACCAAUUAAGUAAAGUUUUUUAUGUUGUUGUUUUCACCAAUUUUAAAAAAAUGUGAAAACGUUGAAUUAUUCAUGUCCGUCUGUCUGUCUGUCUGUAAACUCAACUUCUCCGUCAUUAUACCAGGUAGAAUGACAAAUGAGGUGUCAAAUGAAAGCUUAUAAUCCAAGGAUGGUACUAAAGGUGGGAAAUUUGACCGAGGCUGUCUGUCCGUCCUACCGCGAAUAUAACUCAUCCGUCGCUAUACCAGGUAGAAUGACAAAUGAGGUGUCAAAUGAAAGCUUAUAAACCAAGGAUGGUACUAAAGGUCAUAAAUUUGUCCGAAGGACAGACGGACAGACAGCCUAAGUCAAAUUUAACACUUUUAGUAUCAUCUUUGAAUUAUAAGCUCUCAUUUGACACCUCAUUUGUCAUUGUACCUGGUAUAAUGACGAAGGAAUUAUAUUCGCGGUCGGACGGACAGAUAGCCUAGGUCAAAUUUCUCACCUUUAUUACCAUCCUUGGAUUAUAAGCUUUCAUUUGACACCUCAUUUUGUCAUUCUACCUGGUAUAAUGACGGAGGAGUUGUGUUUACGGACAGACAGACGGACGGACGUGGAUAAUUCAAAGUUUUCACAUUUUUUCAAAAUUGGGUUCAAUUUAAACGUUCUUAUAAAAUUAUUCUAUUAUUCUUGUAGGUACAUUUAACAUUGAUUAAAAUUAAAAAAGAAAUAAAUAAAAAAGUAUGGCAACACUGUGACGUACAAACAUAAGACUCAGAUGUAGGUUACGUAGGGUGCACUAAUAUACAAGCUGUCCCACAUUUCUUUGGUUGCAUAUUUGUUGGUAGCUGCGGGAAAGAAUAUGGAAAUGAAAAUUUGUUGCAUUUUCGAUUAGGGAGAACACUAUGGCGAAUCCAUCACAAAAUUUUAGAUUACUUCAACCAACUCUAUUGAGAAUAGUGUAUCGUUUGACAUAGUCCAAAGCUUUCUUUGUACCUGGUGUCCGAAAUAUUUAAACUGUUUUGGUGAAUUUUAAUAUAAAACAUUCUUGAUAUCAAGUUUGUAAGUUUCUUCUGUAUCUUGUGUUAUAUAUUGGCGAGUACCUAUAUGCUCAUUUGAUUUAUAUAGAGAUGAGUCGUAGCACUUUUUUAAAUUAUAUUUUCUAAUCGAUCCUUCUGCAUUAUGCUAGUUACAUGUUAUAAUAUCGUUUUCUUCUUUGGAUGCCGUACGCUAUGCAGCAUGUAGCCAUUUGUGCUGGUUGUCGGGUGUAGAGAGAUUCUUUUAUCCGUCUUAUGAUUAUCAUACUGACGUUAGGUAUGCCGCAUCAGUUUGUUAUGUACGUGAAUCAUCAAUAAUACUUUCGCCCACUGCCUCCUCGAUCUUCAACUUUACCCAUCAAGAUGACAUUUAGGAGAUUAUAUUUGUUAUUUAUUAGAAAAUGGCUUAAAAGUGUGAAACUUAACAAUUCUCUUUGGACAUUAGCUCUUUUUAGGACCUCAUCAUUUGUUACAUGGUCCACCCGUGGAUAUCUAGGUAGCCUUCUAAGACACAAAUUCCGCACGAUUCGGAGAUCUCACUUUAAGUGGCCAGAUCUCACCUCCCUUCAUCAGGAUGGACCAUAUAGGACCGUUUUGAGACACGGAUUCCAAGGCUUAAAGGAACUUCACCAUGGAGGAGGCAUCUAUCAAAUUUAAAAGAGGUGUUUCUAGCCAUUGCUACUCUUAUCUUUACUUCCAGGUCACAGUUCCACUUGAUGUUGAUUGUAGCUCCAAGUUAGUUAAAUCUUUUAACCCGUUCAGUAGCCCUAUUAUUUAUAUCCAACUGAACUGAUGUUAAGACCGUACUCCUCUACCAUUUCAUGAUAUUCAUUAAAUCUUGCAAAAUCCAAAAUCUUCAAAAUCCUCUACAUUCAUGCAAAAUCCAAACAACUUUAUGCAAAAGAGUAUCUCUCUUGAUCCCAAGCAAUUUUUGAAACUACUGGUGUCGUGUUUCUUUGGUAUUACCACGAAGGUUGACUUUAGCUAAUCUGUUGAUUCUUCUGUUGAUUUAACAGUGCGAAACUAAACAUAUGUCCGGGCUGAGGGCCAUUUCAUUCACAGUGAAAUUAACGUGGAAAGCAUGAAUAUCCUACGAAAUUAACAAUAUAUUGUCUCCGUCGUAGGUUCCCGUUACUUCCAACGAUAUGUGGAAUUUCAUUUCACUAAUUCAAGUUCUUACAGUUAUUGCGCUGAUACUUGGUCGCCAUAGCCUCUUUUGUUGUCUAACAGGGAGUACCACGUGAGGUUGGUGAGGUUGAGGGUGAUGUUGGAAUUUGUGUCUGUAGAGGAAGCUACUUGAGACCCUGUAUAUCUCAAAAACUCCCGAUAUGAUUAUCUGAUAAAAAUAUAUUUAGAUACUACUUUGACUUCCUGCCAAUAUUUUGCAGCUUAUCACUUAUUAUAAUAUAUUAGCCCCAACGUGGACUAAUUAAAAAUUAUUAUUGUGUAAGUUAUUUUUCUGUUGAGCCUCAUUUGUUUUCAAACCAUGCUUUUAUUUUUAUUUUAUUUAUAUCUGUUUUAAAAUGUCGCUGGUAUAAAUAUAUCACACGGAAAUACAGAAUAUUCCAAAAAAUUUUCUACUAUACAGGGUGUAUUGAAACGAACUUAAAAAAAUCUUAACUUUUUUCUGUAAACACCCUGUGUAUUUACAUCGUUCAUAUGUUCGGUUUUAAGAAAUAUGAUUUUUUUAUCUAGUAUACAUCACUCAGAUCAAUUACAUCAGAUUUAUUUUAUUUUUUUUUCUCACCAUUCGAUUCGAGUAUUAUUUAUUUUUAUACAUGUACUUAAGAUUGUUUAAUUUAUAGAUAGAGCUUAGCGUGAGUAAAAUGUAGAAGUUAUCAGGAAGAUUGUUUGAUACAUAUCUUAAAAACAACUGUGAAGUAAUUUAUAUUAUUCUAUAAUUUUCACUAUUUAAGUCAAAUUGCAAUUCCAAUUCUAAAGAUUUGAAAAUAAAGAGAAAUUAGUCAAAGCUACAUCUGUGGAUACAAUGGACAUAAAACGAAUUCAAAAUUUAAAAGUUCAAAUGUAUAAGAUCUAGACUUGUUAUUUUCGUCAGUUAAUUAAAAGUAUUAUUUUUUUAACACUUGUUUGUUUAUUACUAGUUUCUUAAUGUAACUAACAGAUCCAUUUUUCAUACUGUUAUUCCUAAUUUUAAAGUAUAAAGAAGGGAUAAUAUCUUCGUCUGAAGUCAGCAAUAUUAUACUUACACACGAAAAACAAACGUCGAUAUUAUGAAGUCUACUUAUAUAGUAUAUUAAGAGGAAACAGUAGCGAUCAACAGGUAGCAAAAACGCGUUCCAAGAUUGCGGCUGUAAUUUUGAAUAUUUUUUCGAGAUAUUUGGCACACGUAUUCGUAAUAUAAUAAAGAAUGGCGGUACAGAGCCCAAUUUGAAAAAUAUAUUAAUAUGUAGGAAUUACUCUGUAAUUAAAUACAACAUUAAAAAACGAGCCUGUACCGCCAUUAAGAAGAACAAAAAAAUACACUUUCUUCAAAUAAACUUUUUUAUACGAUGCCUAGAUUUUGUGUCACUUUGGAACUACUAAAAUUUUUUAUUUCAUUAGUAGUUCCUCGACACCGUAAGGUACAAGAGGACGGCUUAAGUAAGCAAGUAGUAUUUCCAAAAUGACACAAAAUUUCGGCCACGGAUAAAAAAGUUUAUUUGAAGAAAGUGUAUUUUUUGUUCUUCUUAAUGCCGGUACAGGCUCGUUUUUUUAAUUUUGUAUUUAAUUACCGAGUAAUUUCCACAUAUUAAUAUAUUUUUCAAAUUGGUCUCUGUACCGCCAUUCUUUAUUAUAUUACGAAUACGUGUGCCAAAUAUCUCGAAAAAAUAUUCAAAAUUACAGCUGCAAUCUUGGAACGCGAUUUCGCUACCUGUUGAUCGCUACUGUUUCCUCUUAAUUAAUAAAUAUUAUAUAGGUACGUAUUCAGUUGGUAGGUUUUAUCAAACAAUCAUCACUAAGUAAAAUAAUAUGUGAAUAUUGUAAGGAUCUGUAGUGCCAUAGUAUUUAUAAAAUUUUUGUUUUUUUAAGAAAAUUAAACAAUUUAUCUUC